AUGAUCGUUGUUGUUGUCACUAUCUAUCUAUCUAUCUAUCUAUCUAUCUAUCUAUCUCUACAAUCUUACACAUUUAUAUAUCUAACUCAAUCUGUUUCUAUCUAUCUAUCUAUCUAUCUAUCUAUCUAUCUAUCUAUCACAGUCUGUUUUCUUUCUUUCUUUCUUUCUAUCUAUCUUCUGUUCUAUCUAUCUCAAUCUACAUUUAUCUAUCUAAAUCAGUCUGUUUCUAUCUAUCUAUCUAUCUAUCUCAAUCUUUUAUCAUGUUUGAUCGUCAUUUUUUUUCUUGACAUGUUGAACAAAUACUACAAUAUUCGGCGCCGCGCCACCCCAUUUAGUGUCAUUCAGCUCAGCGGGAUCACAUUUAAUGUUACUUGGCUCAGCUUUACUCCGUUUAGUGCUACUCGGCUCAACCCUACCCGUUUAGUGUUACUCGGCUCAAAUCUAAUCCAUUUGGUGCUACUCGGCUCAACUCUCCUCCGUUUAUAUUACUCGACUCAACGCUACCACGUAUACUGCUACUCGCUCAGCGCUACACUGUUUAGUGUUACUUUGAACAGUACUAUUACCUGUAGUCUUACUAAGCUCAGCGCUACCCCGUUUAGUACUAUUUUGCACAGCGUUACACCGUUUUGUACUUCUCGGCUCAGGCCUACCCCGUUUAGUGCUUCUCGGUUCAGCGCUACCCCGUUGAGUGAUACUCGGCUCACUGCUACUCUAUUUAGCGAUACUCGACUCAGCACUAUCCUGCUUAUUGUUACUCAGCUCAGCGAUAUCAUGUUUAAUGCAACUAGGAUCGGAGCUACCCUGUUUAAUGUUACUAGUUUUAGCGCUAACCUUUUUAGUGUUACUCAACUCAGCGCUACUCCUUUUAAUGCUACCCGGCUCGGCUCUACCCUGUUUAAUGUUACUAGGUUGAGCGCUACCCUUUUUAGUGUUACCCGGCUCAGCGACACCUUUUUAAUGCUACUCUGCUCGGCGCUACCCUGUUUAAUGUUACUAGUAACGAAAUUAUUGAUUAAUGCACGCUACUUCUUUGUGGACAAGGAUGAUGACAUCAGGUCAAAGAAGGAUUGGCAUUUUCUUUUGAUAGAGUCGACCAUCAUAUUCGUAGAAAUGCAUCUCUCUCUUUCUUUCUUUCGCACUUUUUUCUUUCUUUCUUUCUUUCUUUCUGUUUCUCUUUUUUCUUUGUCUUUCUUUCUUUCUUUCUUUCUUUGUGUUCUUUCUUUCUUUCUUUCUUUCUUUCUUUCUUUGUCUUUCUUUCUGUCUUUCUUCCUUUCUGUUCUUUAUUUCUUUAUUUGUUCCCUUCUUUCUUUCUUUCUGUUUUUCUUUCUUUCUUUCUUUUCUUUCUUUCAUUGUUUCUUUCUUUCUUUCUUUCUUUCUUUGUCUUUCUUUCUGUCUUUCUUCCUUUCUGUUCUUUAUUUCUUUAUUUGUUCCCUUCUUUCUUUCUUUCUGUUUUUCUUUCUUUCUUUCUUUCUUUUCUUUCUUUCAUUGUUUCUUUCUUUCUUUCUUUCUCUCUUUCUUUGUCUUUCUUUCUGUCUUUCUUUCUUUCUUUCUGUUCUUUCUUUCUGUUCUUUCUUUCUUUCUGUUUCUCUUUCUUUCUUUCUGUUCUUUCUUUCUGUUUCUCUUUCUUUCUUUCUUUCUUUCUUUCUUUCUUUCUUUCUGUUCUUUCUUUCUUUAUUUGUUCCCUUCUUUCUUUCUUUCUUUAUUUGUUUCUUUCUUUCUGGUUUACUUUCUUUCUUUCUUUCUGUCUGUUUCUUUUUUCUUUGUUACUUUUCUUUCUUUUCGUCUUUUUCUUUCUUUCUUUCUUUCUUUCUUUCUUUCUUUCUUUCUUUUCUUUUCUUUUCUUACGCAGGCUUCUCUCAGUCUGUUCAUAUCUAUCUAUCUAUCUAUCUAUCUAUCUAUCUAUCUAUCUAUCUAUCUAUCUCACUUUGUUCUUAUCUAUCUAUCUAUCUAUCUAUCUAUCUCAGUUUGUUCAUAUCUAUCUAUCUAUCUAUCUAUCUCACUUUGUUCUAUCUAUCUAUUAUUCAUCUAUUCAUCUAUCUAUCUAUCUAUUUAUCUAUCUAUCUAUCUAUCUAUCUAUCUCAGUCUGUUCUAUUUAUCUAUCUAUUUAUCUAUCUAUCUAUCUAUGUUCUAUUAUCUAUCUAUCUAUCUAUCUAUCUCAUCUUUGUUCUUUUAUCUAUCUAUCUAUCUAUCUAUCUAUCUAUCUAUCUAUCUCAUCUAUCUAUCUAUUUAUCUAUCUCACUUUGUUCUUAUCUAUCUAUCUCACUUUUUUCUUAUCUAUCUAUCUAUCUAUCUAUCUAUCUAUCUAUCUAUCUAUCUAUCUAUCUAUCUUUUUCUUUGUCCAUCUCAUUUUUUCUUCGCUGUAAAAUCCCUUCGGUCGUUUUCUUCUUCUUUUACACGUCAUCCUAUUUUCUUUGA